GUUGUCCUUCGUUUCUUUGUAAAGUUGUAAAAUUUUAGCUUCAUUUCUUCCUUCUACAGUCACCGGAAGGUAAUAUAUUUUUUACAAAAUGGAAGCAAGCUCCGAUUCCUUUAAUUCUAAUGAGUGGGAGUUGAGUAAGGAAAACGUGCAGCCUCUGAAACAAGGGCGCAAGAUGGCGAACUUGAGCACUGCUCUUGCUCCUAGUUCUGUUGAUCAGAGUAGAAUUCAUAAAGAGAAACGCGAGUUUGAAGCGCAGAUCAGAACGUAUGAAGGCGAAGACCCUUUAGCUAAUUGGUACAGGUACAUAGUUUGGACGAGUGAAAACUUUCCCAAAGGCGGUAGAGAUCUGGGGAGUUUACUCGAACGCUGCAUGACAACAUUCAAAGAUGAAGAAAGAUACAAGAACGAUGAACGUUACGUCAAAGUAUGGCUGCGUUAUACUGACAUUUGUACAGAUCCCUUGGAAAUAUUUAACUACAUGCACAGCCAGCAGUUGGGCAAUGGAUUGGCUCUUUUCUAUGAAGCAUGGGCCCUGAUUCUUGAAAACCUUGGAGAUCAUAAUAAAGCUGAUGAAGUACUAAACUUAGGAAUUCACCGGAGUGCUCAACCAUUGGAAAGACUUCAAAAACAACACAAAGCAUUUGAGUUACGGCUGGCCGAAAGGGUUUCAAAUGGUUUGCAGCAAGUGUCAAUAACAGAGGAGUCUGAACCUCAGAGGACAGCAUUAGGAGGCUUGAAGAGCCAGGGAAAGAAAGGAACAGUUGGUACUAAACGUACUGGAAAUGCUACUCUUUCCAAAAAGACAGGCAUCAGAGGUACUGCGACAGCAUCAAACACCUCCAGUAAUGGCUUCAAGAUAUUUUGUGAUGAUGAUCCUGGAAUGCAAAGCUCUUUACCCCCCUCCACAGGGGAGUGGCAGAUACCCCCUACUGAACCAGUAAUCAAAAAGGAAAACACUCAGAAGCCUGGGAAAUGGACUGAUGCAAAGGCAGCUGUCAAAGUUGUAAUUGAUGAUUGUGCUUGGAAAAGGGGCCGUAUAGCCUGCAGUGCAGGCGGAUUUCGGUGGGGCGAGUUGAUAUUCCUAUCGGUUGUUCAGGCCGCCAUCUUGAAUUAG